AUGGAUGCAAUAGAAGAUAAGGAGGUCAAACUACAGCGCGCUUCUGGCGACUUGGUGACGGAAUUCUCAGAGAAACUGCCCUCUCUGCUCUGGAAGCCACGAACGGAGAAAGGAGGUACCCGAGUUCCACGAAGAUGGACACAGGCUGCUAAGACGGAGAGACUCGUAGGUCUUCUGGAGCCUUUUCAAGAAUGGCCUCAGCUGUUGGAUCCACACCUUCAAUCGCUGCUGCCACCUUUAGUCGAUGCUUUCUUAGCAUACUUGCUAAAGCAUCCCAAUCAGUAUAAGGCAGAUAAGCCACAGCAGCAGCAGGCACUUUAUCCCUUGCCAAGGACGAUCUGUAGACUUCUUUACACUUUUUGCAAAGUGCGUGGGGUCAAGGUUAUUAGUAGGUUCUUGAACAAUGAGCCGAAGUAUCUUGACCCCUUACUCAGGGCUUUUAUCGAAUGGGAUGCAGUAUGCCAAGAUGAUUCAGAAAUGGGCUUGUCAGGGGACAUUCCUCGACGGCUCAUCUGGGAGGAGCGCUACGUGAUGUUGAUUUGGCUCUCGCACUUGUUGCUCGCUCCUUUUGACUUGGCGUCUAUGUCAUCAGACGAUAUCCCAGUGCCAUACGAAAAUUUGGGUCAACUUAGACCAUUACCAGCUGAGGUUCCAACAGUCUCUAGGUCUCUCCUCUCGGUAUCGCUGAACUAUGUCAAUGCCUCUGGGAAAGAGCGUGAGGCUGCCACUGUGGUUCUGGCACGUCUUGUAUUGCGCCGGGACAUGCAGGCUCUCGGCCUGCUCACUAAUGUGACAGACUGGGCAUUUUCCAUCGUACAACCUGCAGGGAAUUCCGAAUUGCCCUCUGUCUAUACUUGCAUCGGAGUCCUUUCUUUCCUUGCACGCUUAGGUGCUUCAGGUCAGGUUGAGGACUUUGCUCCCUUGAUCGUGCCUGUGUUCGAGAAGACAUUACGAACUGCUCAGGGAAACUCAAAAAUCUCCGAUCUCAUUCAAUCUUCUGCGCUGGCGCGGAAAAUUAUCAUUAAAAUUCUCCGCACAAUGACAAUUAUGGCUCUGCAGCUUAGCGAAAGAGCGAAUAGCCCGCUGUCAGGUGAUAUGCUGUCUUCCAUUUUGGAAGAUACCAUUGACCACUUUCUGGUGGCUCUAGCUGAUAAAGAUACACCCGUGCGAUUUGCUGCGAGCAAAGCACUCAGUAUAAUUACUUUGAAGCUAGACUUGGAUAUGGGUACCGAGGUUAUUGAGGCUGUUACUGGUUCAUUAGAGGAGAACAUACUCUAUGAAAACAGUGAUGGCACCAUAAUAACACCAUUUGAAGCACGCAGGAUUGGAAUGAACAAUACCAAAAGAAAUCUGAGCGCGGUUGAUGCUCAAAGAUGGCAGGGUCUCAUACUAACAUUGGGUCAUUUGCUAUUUCGCCGUGCCCCUCCGACUGGCCAACUUCUUAAUAUACUGCAACCACUCGUUUCUGGACUCGACUUUGAGCAAAGAUCCUCAACUGGAAGCUCUGUCGGCACUGGCGUGCGUGAUGCUUCAUGCUUCGGUAUAUGGGCUCUAUCUCGCAAGUACACCACUCAGGAGCUGCUCGCAUUGGAUGCACAAACAAUAAGUACUUCUACGAGCCAAAAAGAGUCAAGCAUAUUGCAGAUGCUGGCUACCGAGUUGAUAUGUGCCGCUUGUGUGGACCCGUCGGGCAAUAUUCGGAGAGGUGCCUCUGCUGCUUUGCAGGAGUUAAUUGGUCGUCAUCCUAACAUAAUCGUCGAAGGUAUUUCGCUAGUACAGGUUGUGGAUUAUCAUGCCGUGGCACGCCGUUCACGAGCGAUGAUUGAUGUAGCAAAAGCUACGGCGGACUUGAGCCAUCAAUACUGGAGCCCUCUUGUUGAGUCACUGAUGCACUGGAGAGGAAUCGGUUCGCCAGAUGCUGAGUCGAGAAGGCAGGCAGCAAAUGCAAUAGGGGUCCUGAGUGCCCAGGAAUCCUACAAGACGAUGAAGAUUGUCCUUCAGCGACUGUUCAAGAAACUCUCCAGCCUCCCUCGAGGCGAUGUUGAAACGAGACAUGGGUGUUUCUUGGCUCUCUCAGCUACAGUAAAUGCAUUUAAUUCCUAUCAAGAAACACCACUUGAGAACAAGGACCCCUCCGAGGCUUUGGAGGUUACCACGCAAAUACAACAACUAUGGGGUAUUUUCGAUUCCCCGCUUGGCCCCACAAAAGAGGACUUGACUCUCCAAGUUCGACGUCCAGAAUUGAGCGCUGAAGCAUCAUCACGUCUGGUAUACUCUCUUUCAAGAGCGGCGUCUUUAGCAAAGGAUUCUCUUCCUUCGCAGCCAACAGUUACUUUGCUUGAUAAAGCCCGGGAAACCCUCUUACUUUGCAUUUCUCGAAGUGAAGAUAUUGUAAUAGAAACUUCUUCAGAUGCUAUAUCAGAGUUGUUCCCUCUUCUACCGUCAUCGAAACAAGAGGAGACGAUAAAUGGCUGGUUUUCAUAUAUCCACGCUACUUGGAAGCUACCGACUGGCCGUGGUCAGAUCUCAGUUCUUGGUGCUAUAUUCAAGCAAGUUAGACCUGAAGAUGAUUUACGGCAAUCAAUCAUAAAAGAACUGCUACAGUGUGCCGGAAAAGAAGAAUUAAUUGAGAAACGAGUAGUAGCUGUCAAGAGUUUGGCUAACGGUGUCCUGCCGCAUAUAGAUACAACAGAUGAUAUCGCAGACCAUCUUAUCGAGUUCUUGAAUGAUUACACGACAGAUAGACGAGGAGAUAUUGGGUCAUUGAUAAGACUGGAGGCAAUCCAAGCUGCCACGGUAGUCCUCCAAAAACAAUCCGGUUCUGCAACUCGCACCCCCCGAGUCCAGAGCAUCAUAGGUUGUUUAUGUCGACUUGCAGCAGAGAAGCUAGACAAAGUCCGCCUCCAAGCUUGGCUUUGCUUGCAGGGCUUCUGGAAGUCGGCCGAAGAUUUUCCACCCUUACAGAGACAAUAUGACCAUUUCAGUCACGUAUCCCUGCCUGACUACUUCCUUCAGCUCUUUGAGUUGCAAGCCAUCGACUGGUUGCGCUUGCCAUUAUUACAAGGAAUUGCAACUUCUGCAGUUGCUGGGGCAGAGGGACUUGUUCGCUCAAGUCGUUUGGCUCUGAUGCAGAGUAUCAAUAAGUAUGAGGCUGAACAGCGGCAAGACAUAGUGACCUCCAUUAUCAAAGAUCUCAUGGUUGCACUGAGCGAUAACCUGCAAAAUGACCGUUACGCUAUCCCGGUGCUGGAGUGUUUGGCAUUCCUGCUCGAUAGCUAUAUUAGUUUCACCCCCCAAUCUUCAGAGUCAAGGAAAUUGUUUGUUCUUGUUCAGAAGGCACAUUUCAAAUCCUCUAAUAUAGGGAGAUUGGAAGCUGCAAUCAAAGUGUAUGCGCCCUUGUCAAGGCUGGAGCAGUUACGAGCAGAAGUAUUGAAAAAGAUGACCUCAAUGCUUCUGCAUCCCUUUCCACGGGUUCGAAAUGCUGUUGCAGAGUACCUGUUUAUGGAGACUACACUAGAGUCGGUGAAGACCGAAGACUGGACUAGACAACCUAAGGAACUGAAGGGUCAGGUUGAGGAUGUGAGGAAGGAGUUGGCUUGUAAAUAG